GCCAUGCUUGCAUAACUUGAGCUUCAUUCUUGGUUGGGGCCUGUGCGACUUUCCCAGUUGAAGGCUUGUACUUUCAGACCGAAAGACCCGCUAACCAACAAGGCAACUUGGCAGCCACCGCUCCUUUGUGCUCGUGCGACGCAUGUGGGCUUGCUGUGACCUGGACGCAGAGCUCAUGGAGUCGCUGCCAGAGAAGCGGUGGUGUGUGGUCGGAGGUGCAGACAAGGGCAUCCUGGUGCGGCAGGGUCAGGAGUUGAGCUCUCCGGAGGCCUCAGCGCGGCUGGCUCGCGGUGCCCUGGUGCGGCAGGUCUCGCUGGUUGGAGAUCGACUUUCUUUUGCAAAGUUGAUGGGCGAAGGGCCUGACACCGGCUGGGUCAGCAUCAAGAUAAAGGACAAAAUUCUGAUGGAGCUGGCUCCCGUCUUGGAGCCCAAGGCCGUCCCGGGCCGCGAAGCCAAGGUCUUUGUUGCGCCGCCGGCCAAGGUGGAGGGCAGGAAGCCACGUGCGCUGUGCUUGCAUGGCACCGCGGCCACUGAGAAAGUCUUGAGGGCGCAGCUGAUGCCCCUUCUGAAGCUUGCAGGGGAUGACAUCGAGUUCCUCUUCCAAGAUGGCUGCAUUGACUGCGACCCAAAAAAUCCCAUAGUGGCAAAGCAGAUAGAGCUUAUGACGCAGUACUUCCCCGGCGAGAAGUUCAAGCAAUGGGCUGAGCCUUCUGGUGAAGACGGAGGCUGGCGACGGUACGAGGGAUGGGAGCAGGCGCUGCGCUUUGCACAGGAGGCCAUGAACAAGUUGCAGCCGGAUGUGCUUCUGGGCUUCAGCCAGGGCAGCAAUUUGGCACAUCCCUUAGCAGCACAAGCAGCGCUCGGCAGAGGACACCCACUUCACUGCGUGGUACACUUCUGCACCACCAAGCCGGGCUGGGUGGCGCAAACUCCGGAGCUGUUCGAGUGGCAGAUACCGGUGCCUGCGUUGCUCAUAGCCGGCAAGUUGGAUGAGACUGCCACUGGCAGCAGCGAAGUGGCAUCAAGCUAUGCGGACCCAGCCGUGCUGAGCCACAGCGCCCUCUGAGGUCACAGGCCCUUUCCAAAGAAUCCGGCGGAGGCCAAGGCACUGGCUCAGAAGAUUAGAGACUUCGUGCUGCAAAGUUGCCGUUGAAGCCGGUGAGAGCCGCCCAGUGCACGUUUCAGAUUGCCACGGAAGAAACUUCCCGAGAGCGCACGCGUGCGUAGCUCGUUCACGGAGAGC